GUUCCGAAUCCCGUAGUUUGUCGUCGGGUGAGGGGAAGCGCAUCCAUGCGGGAGGUUAGUUCCGCCUUGACAAUAACAUCGUUGCCACGCGCCGCUGUGUAUUCCCCUUUGAACUGCAACUCGGCUCUGCAAACACGGAGACCAGGAGGGUCCGCUGAGGUGAGCCUGCUUCAUGUCCCCUCCCUCUCCUCCUCCUCCUCCCCCUCCUCCUCCUCGUCCUCCCCCGGAGCAGAAUGCGCUGAUCUCCGCUCAGUCUGGGGGAAAAAAUAGAAUGAUGUCUGUCGUCUCCACUGUGGAGAGCGUCCCCAGAGUUACGGGCACCCCGGCGCCGAGCCUUUACCAGCGGAUCAGGAGGGUCCUAACCAGGGACCUGCUGGUGACCCUCGCCCUGGGUCAGGUCCUGUCCUUGUUAAUCUGUGCCAUCAGUCUGACCAGCAAGUACCUGACUGAUAAAUUCCAUGCCAACACGCCGGUGUUCCAGAGCUUCCUCAACUACAUCCUGCUGUUUCUGGUCUACACCACCACACUGGCAGUCAGGCAAGGGGAAGGGAACCUGCUGGCCAUCCUGAAGCAGCGCUGGUGGAAAUACAUGAUUCUGGGUUUGAUAGACAUCGAGGCCAACUAUCUGGUGCUCAAAGCUUACCAGUACACCACACUCUCCAGUGUACAGCUGUUGGACUGUUUUGUCAUCCCAGUGGUCCUGCUGCUCUCCUGGUUCUUUCUUUUGGUGAGGUACAAGGCCGUCCACUAUGUCGGGGCAGGACUCUGUCUGCUGGGUGUCGGCUGCAUGGUGGGAGCUGACAUCCUGCUUGGUCGGCAGCAAGGAUUUGGAGAGCAGAAGCUGUUUGGGGACCUCUUGGUCCUGGGUGGAGCGACGCUCUACGGGAUCUCCAACGUCUGUGAGGAGUUCAUCGUGAAGAACCUGAGCCGCGUGGAGUUCCUCGGCAUGAUGGGACUCUUCGGAUCCUUCUUCAGCGGCAUCCAGCUGGCCAUCAUGGAACACAAGGAGCUGCUGAGGGUACCCUGGGACUGGCAGAUAGGUCUUCUGUACAUUAGUUUCAGUGCCUUCAUGUUCGGCCUGUACAGCUUCAUGCCGUUGGUGAUAAAGAGAACAAGUGCCACCUCAGUCAAUCUCUCUCUGCUGACAGCCGACCUGUACAGCUUCUUCUGUGGCCUCUUCCUCUUUCACUACAAGUUCUCGGCCCUCUAUUUGUUGUCGUUCUUCAUCAUUAUCUUGGGCCUGGUCCUUUACGCCACCUCGUCCACCUACGUUGCUCAGGACCCGCGAGUCUACAAGCAGUUCAGGAACGCGGGCGGCCAGCAGGCCACCGACCGGCCUCCGCUCAGCGCUGGAGUCCUGGAGCCCUCCGUCACCUACACCAGCCUGGGUCCCGAGGCGGGGGACGAGAUUCCCGUACGCGUCGCCUAAGAUCUGGGAGGGAGUUUAGUCAGUCAGGCUGGUGAAUCAGCGAGCCAGCUGCAGCCUCCAGUUUCUGCCCAAAAAAUUGUAUACAGAGAAAUAUACUGACUGUACCUGGUCUCCUGAGCAGGGCAGCUGGGUGAUCACCCAGGUAGGUCCUGCUUAUCAUUUAAUGGCCUGUAUUGGUGAGCAAAGUCUCCACCUGCUCAGGGACCGAGUUAAGACAAAUACAUGUAUCUGAAAAAUGAAUAAGCAGAAUGUCGUUAAAACAAAUAGCAAAGUGAGUGAAACUGUUGAGUUCACUGUGAACAAAGACUGUGAGUAGAUGGUAUUGUACUUUUACUGUAUUUAAUCUACUUUCUUUUUUUAUAUCUGUCAAGAAUGUUUGUGCUUCACACGUGUAUAUGUUAAAGCUGUAUUCAUUUGACUUUGUUAUGAUCUGAUUGGAAUCUACUGUGUUUAUAAAUUCACCUGCUCACAUUCAAUGACGAGCUUAGUAAGUAAUACGCAGAUUUGAGUCAGUUAAUACUUCCAUAGCAGGGACACAAGUGAGGAAUGAAAGAUGAAUGGCAGUUCAUAAAAUCCAUUUACCGUCUUUGUAUCACGCAAAGCUGCGCUGUAUGUAAAUACAUUGCAUCAGCUACUGAAGGUUUGUAGGCUGGUACAAAUAUAUUUAGUCUUGUCAUAUCUAAGUUUGACUACUUUUACGCCAAAAAUAGCAUUCAGUAGCCUAUUUACCUUCAUCUUGAGACAGAAUUUACAGAAAGUAAAUCAUUGAACUGACGAAAAAUCUUUCGAGAGUUUAUUUUGGGGUCUGUUCAGGUGGCAGGGUGGGUUCUUGCAUUUAAUUAUCUGCAUUUACACUCAGGUGUUUUAUGCACUUAUUAAAAAUGGAUAUCUGGAAAUAGAUGAAUGGAAAUGCAGCCACUGGCCCUGGAAGUAAAAUUCCCAUAAAUUAUUGCAAUAGACAAUAUUACACGACUCAUCAUCAAAAAAUAAUCAUAAAAUCAUCAAAACUACUGGGUAACUCUAUUAAACCCAACCUUCCUGGUAAACACCCAAGUCUUCCAAACUCCACACCUCCUGUUUGUAAUGCGGCCGUUUUAUUGUUCUCCAAUCCCAAACCGAGAUAACCCUGAUGACAUCACUAUGAUGUCAUUUUCUCAGACUUGACGAAGCUCCUCCCGAGCCACAGAAGACGUACAACAAUAAGUAAGGUAGAGCUAACCAUGACGAGGAAUGACCAUGAGCAAACUGUUGUGUUGUUGGUUUGGCUGUUAUCAGGAAGUGACAGAAUGGAGGUUUGAUAUGCUGCCGUUGUAUUAAACCCGUAUCCUUACCAAAACUGCUGUUUACCAGAUGAAAAUGAAGAAGACAGGAGAUGUUUAAUUAUGUUCUCGUUUUUUUGCCAUUUCACUGUGGACGGCCGAUCUGAAAUCACUGCCGUGAACUGAACCGUGUUGUCCACGUAUGGUGCAUUUUCAGAUGUAUUAACAUCAGUGUGAAUGUUGCCCUAAUAUUGGUUUAUAUGAGUGCUGAGAUACUCUACCGCUCAAAUCCAACUGACUGGUUCUUCUUACUGCUCAGUGUGCACACCAUGAGAAACGUGAGACUGUUGUUUCAUGAGAGGAAAAGUGUGCUCAAGGCUUAGGAGCAUUAUUUGAUCCCUUGUAUUAUUUGUCUGUUCUUCCUAUUUAAGUCCUAAUUCUGUUUGAAACCUAAUAUUGGAAGCAAUACAUUUGCCUGUGGAUUUACAGGAGAGACGUAACAGGGUUACUGAACGGACCGAAGAUAAAGCUGUUCACUUGGUUUGGUCUGCUUCUUUGUUGACUUCAUGACUGUAUAUAAUCUCCUGUCUGGAUUAUUUCCGAGGGACUUUCUUGACGCUCCUCUUUCAAUGGCCUUUUGUAUCCUGUUUGGUGUAGUGCAUCGGAGUUGCUGUCUACAAUGUGCUUACAAUGAUGUUACUUAUUGUAAAAUAAAGCAUCUUUGUCAGAACA